AUGGACAAGCAUCAUGUUGCUGCGCCAAUUUGCAAGACCACCACCUCCACCAUGAAUCAGAACGAAACAUCGAUUUCAACCUUUGGCAGUGAGUCUGCCCCCACCCCUGGCGUACCUACGGAUACCCCACCCAGUAGUACAAUGGACAUCAGCCAAAGUGGAAGCACCAUACAUGAAGACUGCGACAUUAAAGAAGUCAUUGAAUUCAUUCGUACCAUGGUCAUUUGCGAACGACAAGAAGACAGAGAUCUGGUAGAGAGACGAGCACUCCGUGACUCGGCAUACCAAGGCGCACACACUGCACGACGUGAAGCUGCCCGCCACAUUGAACCCAGUAAGAACUGUGCUGUCUUCAUCACGAAUCUUGCGCCCGACGUGCAGCCGUGGGAAAUUUUCGAUCAACUAAAGAAUCUCGACAAAGUCAACUUUCUGUCGAUAAUGCGACCGAAGAAAGAUCGGCCGAACUCUGCAGCAUCGGUUGGAUUCUUUACUCCAGAAGCUGCACGUGUGAUGCUCUGGCGAACCAAGCAGAGCUCUUUGAUGAUUCGGGGGCAAGAGGCGCUAGUCCGAGUCGAUGAAAACUGUUGCCCGCCCCGCGAAGGCUUGCUUGGACAUACUAGAGUCUUGAUCGUGGAAGGUAAAUCAUGCUGGGCUUGCGAGUCAGCGUUAGCUCAUUAUCUGCGACUAUCUGGGAUGUAUUGGCAAACUGAUAGAUGUAUCACCACGGUUCUUGAAGAUGGCAGCCACCGGCUAGAAUGGCGCUUCUGUGCCUACAGACAUCAGGCAGAGAAGGCGUACAACAUUAUCAAGAAUGAAUUGUCUGAUCUCGUCACGGUCACAUUUGGGCGAGAUCCCUGCGUGGUAGAGUAA